AAUGGCGGCAACAAGAAGUGUUGGAAUGACAAUCUUUUUAUCUUUUCUAUUUAUUUUGAUCAAUAUUUUAAACUUGAUAAAACAGAUACUAAAUCCCAUCUACCGUUUAAUGGUUUCUGGGCGUGUUCCUGUUGUGGUUCGGACUCCAGAGGAUAGAUUUCAGAACCUUGAUAGGGCUGGAUACUCUUUCUCACCAAACUAUGUAGAAUUGAACGGAGGUUGUGGAGUAAAGCUGCCCCGGGUCCACUAUAUAGACGAGGGACCCAGGGCUGGACCUGUAGUACUCUGCCUACAUGGAGAACCUUCCUGGUCCUAUCUAUACAGGAAUAUGAUUCCUACUUUUGUGGAGAACGGAUACAGGGUGGUAGUGCCAGAUUUUAUUGGAUUCGGAAAAUCCGACAAGUACAGUUCUCCUAGAAACUAUACCCAUGAGAUGCAUACAAUGGUUCUUAGAUUCCUCAUUGAUCAUCUUGAACUCCAGGAAAUUAGCUUAGUAUGUCAGGAUUGGGGCGGUCUAACUGGUCUUUCAGUAGUAAAAGACUGUCCUCGGCUGUUCGCUAACCUCGUAAUAAUGAAUACUGGCCUCCCUGACCCAGUCCUAAACUUUGAUAAUGGAGGCCUGUCAAUUUUUUCUAAGGCCCUACCCUUCUUGAUCUGGAGAUCUGUUGUGCUGUUGCUAGGAACCUGGUUACCAGUUAAAUCUGUUUUUAAUUUUGCAUUUAAAGCACAUAAUCUUCCAACCAACAGUUUAGAAGGAUAUUCUGCUCCUCACCCCUCCCCCCUGUACUGUGGAGGCGUGGCCUCCUGGCCCCUCCUUGUUCCUCUCUUUAAAGACGAUCCUGUCACACCUCACAUGUGGGAAGCCAAGAACUGUUUGAAAACCUGGAAGAAACCAGUUCUUCUUCUGUUUGGAGACAUUAGGGAGGGAUGGCAACCACUUUCUAUUUAUCCGAUUUGGAGGGAGGAAUGGCAACCACGUUCUGUCUAUACGAUUAGUAGGGAGGGAUGGCAACCACUUACUUUCUAUCCGAUAAGCAGGUAGGGAUGGCAAACACUU